UCGGAGAUGCGGGCUCGGAUCUUCCUGUUGAACACGGAGUUUGGAAAGUCCGCAGCGCUCCAGCCUGCCAGCCGCGAUGAAGACCACGGGCCUCUACGCUCUGCUCUGCUUUUCGCUGAGCAUCUUCUGCUUAGCCGAAGGCGUGAAGCUCAAAGACGUGCUCCGGAAGAGACGCCAGUCGUGUGAAAGUGGGACAUACAGAGACGAAAAGACAGGAGUAGAGUGCUGUCGCUGUCCCCGAGGUUAUUAUGUUCAGAGUCCCUGCACUCGGGCAGGAGGUGAUCCAAAGUGUGAGUUGUGCACGGAAGGCAUGAGUUUUAUGGAUGACCCCAAUGGCAAAGCAACCUGUGAACUCUGUUUGCCCUGUGAGGAAUCAGCUAACAGGGAGGUUUAUAAAAAAUGCACACCGUUCACCAACACAGUUUGCCGCUGCAAGGACGGUCACUACUGCGACAAGGGCGACGAGUGCACGGCCUGCUACGCCUGUGACACAUGCGAGUUUGGGGUGAAAGUGGCUUGCAAUGAAACCAGCAACACAGUGUGUGAAGGAAAGACAGAGCCCAACGUUGCAGCUAUUGUAGCAGCCAUAGUUGUAUGCAUUGCCAUUGUAUGCAUCUGUGGGGGUAUAUUCUUAUGGAAGAAAGAGAAGCUUUGCUUUAGAAGACCUCCAGAGGAAAAGCCAAUCAACCCAGAGGAGUUCCCGCUCUUGAAAGAUGUCAACCUGACAGGCUUCCUGCCUGAAAUAGCCCAGAAACUGGGCUUGCAAGUGGUGAAAGACGUGACCAGGCGUUCGCAGAUGCUGACCGAUGUUGAGAUGGAGAACGUGGAGCACGAUUACCCUACUGCAGAGGAACAGACCUACCAGUUGCUCAGGCUGUGGUAUCAGAAGCAUGGACUAAAAGGAGCCUACAGCACACUCGUCAACAACCUCAUCAGAACAGACCACAGGUUGCCAGCCGAUCAGGUGCAGCAGAUCAUCAAAGAAAGAAAUCAGUCUGCAUGAAAGUUGCACAUUUUUUCUCUGUCCUACACGACUGUCCACUCCAGCGGAUUAACGACUAGUGAAAAAUCGUGGGCAUCACUUUGGUUUAGUUCACAGUGCAAGUGCUCAGCUUGAUCUUCUUAAGGUAGCCUGUAUCUGACAUCAGUCUAAACAUAUCAUAGUCCAUCAAGAUGGUAAAACACACCAGCAUAUCCUUGCAGAAAACCUGAUGUUGAAUGGUCAUUUGUUGAACUCGCUUGGUCUGACGAAAUUAGAUGUUUCUCAAUGUUACUAUUAACCUGCAUGAAAUAAAUGUAAAAUUUUGUUUAUCUAUA